AAUAUGUCUAGAUAAAAGGAUAGCUCGACUUUCGGAUAAAGGCAGUACCGCGUUUCUCGUUGCGCGAAUAAUUCGCUCCGAUGACGGAACCCAUGAGCAAAUACUCCCUCGAGGAGGUGUCAAAGAAUGACGGAACCAACGGAGCAAGAGUUUGGAUAAUAAUCAACGACGAUGUACUCGAUGUUACAAAUAAUCUAGACGAGCAUCCUGGCGGUAGAGAUUCUAUAUUGGAAUACGCGGGUCAAGAUGCGACGAAAGCUUUCAACGACGUCGGUCAUUCCGGAGAUGCGCGGAGCUAUUUGAAAGGUGCAAAAAUUGGCGAAUUAAUCGAGGAAGACAAAUUGGCUAACAGAAAGAAAAAGAACCAAUCCGCUGAAAGUUCAACGAAAACUGCGUCUCACAGGAGUGUUUUGUCGAUAAUAUCUUGUGGAUUAUGCGGGUAAUCCGGGAUGCUGAGAAAAAAAGGCAGAUGCUGGUUGCUGCUGUGCUGUUUUUGGUUUAACAUUAACAUAAGCUAUACAUAAAUAACGAUAGUAUUAACAAUAAUAAUAAUAAUGAUAAUAACGACGACGAUGACAAUGAUAAUAACGGGCACUAUCCGCAUAUGUAUAAUGUAUAAUCAAAUUAUUUUUGAAUUAUCAUUAUUUGAUAUUCAUCGUCGAUAUUUAAGAGGUUAAAGCAACGGUAAAACGGCCAUGGUAAUCCGUGAAUGGAACGAAACAUUGCAAAAAAAAAAAACUGAAAAACUACCAUUCCACAGUUUGCGAUUGUAAUUAAAGUAGCGACGAGUUCGCAAAAGUUCCUUUUUCUUCAUUAAACGGUUGACUGAAUUUCAGACAGUCGUUGUGGCGAAGUAAGAUUUGUAUUUUUGAAAAUGCAUUGUUUAUAUAUGAACGCCGCGAGUUUCAAACCCAUAGAUGUAUUCGUCAUACGGAGGUCAAUUGUAAUUUGAAAAUCUAAA